CGCGUCGCCACUGGUUAGAAUGAAUCAAAAAGUUCUUUAAAAGCUUUCUAGUUACCUACUGCAGGAUCCGGAACUUUUCAUUAGACUGCAAUACUAUUUCUAUAACCUAAACUAAAAUGUGUAUGAGUGAUACAAUUUUUAUUGAGACCUUAGGGUAAUUUUCUGUUGCCUCAUCCACAAGACGAGAAGAAACAUAGUAUAAGUUCCUCAUUAUGUCCCACUAUACCUACGCCAAUGGUUCCUCAGGAAUAUUAUCCAAACUGAGAUAAAUAAAACAGCAUGUGGUCUAGAGAACUCACUUUUAGUUGUUGAGUGUCUGUUGCUGGUUCUUUUCAAGGCGAAAACAAAAAAACAUGGCUCCUCAGGAUAACCUUACUGCCGUACUUUACGGUAUCAACGAUAUGAGAUUGGUGAGUAUUUGUUAAUUGACAUUUGACUGAAGAAUUCUGACAGAAUAGCGGUGCUACUAUCGAAAAAUAUAUUGGGAUCCAAAAUACAUGGCCAGUUUUCAUCUUUAUUUUCAACUUCUCCAAAAAUCUUACAUACUAUUUGGAGAUCCACCGAUAUAUGAAUUUCGCCAAUAGCGAAAAUCGGCCGCUACCGGUACUACAAAGGUUGUUAUAUUGAUGUUAUUCCAUUCUCUUUUUUUCUGUAUAUAUGGUCCUUACGUAGGCUGCAACACAUCUAUGAACAACGUCCAAUCCCAGUGCCGAAAGAUAAUCAGGUGCUUCUCCAAAUGGAAGUAGUGGGAAUCUGCGGAUCAGACGUGCACUAUUUGGUAAAUGGCAGAAUUGGACCUUUCAUUGUCGAAAAACCAAUGAUUAUAGGUCACGAAGCAUCAGGAACAGUCGUAAAGUGCGGAAAGAAUGUCAAAAACCUAAAACCAGGUGACAGAGUAGCCAUCGAACCUGGUGUACCAUGCAGACUGUGCCACCUGUGCAAAUCUGGUAACUACCAUUUGUGUGGCGAUCUGUUCUUCUGUGCUACCCCACCUGAUGAUGGUAACCUAUCUAGAUUCUACUGCCAUGAUGCUGAUUUCUGCCACAAGCUACCCGACAAUUUGAAUUUGGAGGAGGGUGCGAUCAUGGAACCUCUUUCUGUCGGUGUUCAUGCUUGUAAAAAAGCAGGUGUCAAAAUUGGAGAUGUUGUUCUGAUUUUGGGGGCUGGGCCCAUCGGAUUGGUCACCCUAUUGGCAGCUAAGGCUAUGGGCGCUUCCAAAAUCUGCAUCACAGAUAUUUUGGACAUCAAACUGGAAAUGGCCAAGAAGCUUGGCGCAGACCAUGCGAUCAAAAUAGAGAAGCACUUGAGUGAAGAUGAAAUCGUCAAGAAGGUAGUCACGCUAUUGGGAGAAGAGCCCAACGCCAGUUUUGAUUGUACCGGUGUGGAAUCAUGUGUCAGGAUUGCCUUGCGUAGCACAGCCAAGGCUGGAAAGGUAGUUCUGGUUGGAUUAGGAAAGUUUGAAAUGAACCUGCCGUUGACCUCUGCUUUGAUCAAAGAAGUUGAUAUUAGGGGAGUUUUCAGAUACAACAAUGAUUACCCCACAGCAAUCGAAAUGGUAAGAAGUGGUAGAAUCAAUGUGAAGCCAUUGAUUACCCAUCAUUACAGACUUGAAGAAACUCUCCAGGCCUUCGAAACCGCCAAGACACAGAAAGGAAAUCCAGUGAAAAUCCUUAUCCACGCCAACCCUAACUGGAGACCAUCUUAAGUAUUCUAAGUGAGAGUUGUACAAAUAAUUUUAUGUCAGAGAUUGUAAUAUACAAAUUUAUCCUCCACUUU